AUGUCGACCAGAUUGAGAGAACGCAAGCUGCUGAGGCGAGACAGUCUGGAUCUGGCUCGCAGAAGAAGCGUAGGACCUGGCCAUCUGCGCGACGUUACGCCGGUCAGACCUGCUGCCCACAUGUACGCGACCAGCAGCACAGAGAGCCUGCCAAGCACGCUGAACGGAGAGAGAUCGGAGGCCAGCCCCGCGGACUCGGCAGAUGCACUGGAGAGGGAUCCGCUUGAGGAUGCGGCAUCGAGUAGCGCUGCUGUUGCGGAUGACUGUUCCCCUUCGGCGACAGAAGCAGAGCAGCAGCCUGACCAGCACCCGACGGCUCUUUCGGAGAGCGAGACGACCGCAUCUCUUGGCGAUGCCUCAGCGACCGAAUCCCCGCCUCUUGAUCCCGCACCGCAGCUCGAUCUCGCCUUCAGGUCAGCGGAGGCGGCAUUCGAUGCUGACGUCACAUCCGAUCUGACUUAUCGCAUGAUUGCAGCAGCAGAUGACAGCUCAUUGAGCCCCACACGCGCGGAAGCUGGCCUCAAGAGCUCUGACCUUCUUGAGCUGCCCGCAGCGUUUGAAGCGAUGCGCUUGGCCCUGCAGCGUGACAAUCAAGCUGAUCUAGAUGGUCAAGCGACGCAGCUUCGGCAGGGAGACCUCACAUUCGAUGCAGGCGCUUUCCUGAACCUAGAUGCAAGCGUUGUGCUUCCUGGCGACAGCGAGGCAGCGUCUGGGCCGCAGGGCGCUACUCAGCUCGACCAAACGCGCGUGGAGCCCGGGCUCAGAAGAGUGCCCUGCACGCUGGAAGCUCUCGCUGACGCAUCCGGCUCGUUCAGUUUCGGAAGCCCAGGACUUGCGCGCGCUGCUGUCGAUCCCAACAGCGACAACAGCUUGCUCAACGGCCUGAGAGCCGAGGUGGACCAGGAUACAUCUGAAAGCCCUUUUGCGCUCACGAGAGCGCUGGCGCUAGAACAACAGGGCACGGACGACCUAAAUCCGCGCCGUGGCAGCCCUUGGGAGCGCAGAGACAGAGCGGAGCGACUCGUCAUGCCGCACGGAGGGAGUCCCUUGAAGCAGACUAGGCUUGCAAGCUCUCCACAAGAAGCGCGUGCAUCGAAGCCAAAGGUGGACACUGCGACCGGACAUGCGCAAGGCCUGCCAUCAGAACAACGGUCUCCCAACAAGACCGCUGUCCCCAAAGCCAUCAGCGUCGCCGACGCCCUCAGCAUGUGGGCAGACGCCACGACUUCGAGCCCUACAAAGGUUCAGCAAGCCGCUGCUCUGCCUUCUCCGUGGGUCCUGGGCGAUGGUAGUCCCAGGAAGCCGCUCAAAGUCUUGCAACGAGCACGCGAAAUGAGUGGUAGCAGGGACAGUCCAUCCAAGCAAGACGAUAGGAGCCGCGGCGCAGAAGCGGUCGCUCCCGAUGAUCUGGACGCGCAGCCGCAACGUUCGUCUGACCAGCCUGAUGCCUCUGUGACUUCUGUGCCCGUGCCUCCAGCCAAGGAAGCGAUUCUCCUGCCCAGGAUGGGCACUCAGCGCUCUCUGAGGGGCGUUCCCCAACCCAAAGGUGUCGUCACGCGUCUCAAUGGACCGUCUGCCAGACUGCAACAAGAAAGGCGCGCAGCUAGUAGUGGUGAGAGACAGGGAUUGCAGAACGAGACAGGAAAAGGUGCAAUGGGAAUUACAGUGGAUCAAGCGACUUCGAGGCCCGCUGUUGGACUCGCCGCGAGCGUGAAAGGAGUCGCCGGAGUUACCUCUCGAGCCGGUGCAUCUUCUAGAUUGCCCAAACCAGCCUCGUUGGCCGCUUCGCAGGGACCCUCAAAAAGCCAGUCUUCUGCGAUCCCUCAGCCAAGACCAAAGGGGAUUGCACUCGAGAACGCUUCUGAUGGGAAGGGGCUCUCCCUUGCAAAACGGCCGGCCGAACGUCUGAAUCCCGCUCGGCCGCUUGCCGCUGAGACAAAGCUCAAGAGUGCGAGACCAAUUACUGGCGUUCCAAAAUCAACCUCCAAAGCUCCUAGCACUUCAUCUCAGAGGCCUUCACGAAUCGCGGAGAGCAAGAUGCGAGCGACGACUGCCGGGUCGGAGCUGCUCAAAGCAGACGACCCAACCGGAUGUACGAAGGCUGGCCCGAUUCGCUCAGAGUCGGUAGCCAGCAACAACAGCAGUCGAAGCGACUCAAGGGUCGGCACGACGAAGCCGGAGAGCAGAGCCGAAGCAAAAGUCUCGUCGAGUGCCACACUAGCUAGCAGUGUCGCAAGUCGUCUUGUCAGACCCGUAGCGCGCGCAGCGAAGGGAGUGCCAGUGCCUUCGAGCUCCCCGAUCCGUAGCUCGCAAGCACCCAGAACAGUCCUGGGCUCACGCACUGCUGCAAUUGCAAGCUCGUCACCCCUUCGUGCCACAGUCACACGCGCUGGUAGCAGAACUCCAAUAAUCCGAGAUGCAAGGCUUGCGAGAGGGCCUGCGUCGCUGAAGCAAGCAGAGGCACCACCUACUGAAGCGACUGCCAGCACGGUCGAAGACGUGAGCCGGCCAAAGAUAGCUUCGCCUCUGGCAGCUAGAACCGGACCUGUCGUGAUUAGAGACGCACGUUUAGCUCCUUCGGUCGUCCGACGCGACGAGCCUGCUUACGCAGAAUCGACCCCUCCUGAUGCUGCCUCAUCACCAGAGCGCGGCACCACAACCACAUCGAGCGUUGGCCCGACCGAGCCCGCGGGGCUGCUCACUUCUACAGCGCAAGGGCGAGCAAGGAGAGUACCGGCCGGCUCUACGGAAGCCACUCGAGCGCCCGCGAGCGUCCCGACGACUGCGCCCGCUCUGUCACACGCAAUACAGGUCGUUUCCUCCCCUGUUCCCACACCUGCUCCGGCUUCGCCCAGUAGGAGUGCGCCAGCUCCUGGUGCUGCUCGCUUCGGCUUUCAAGGGCUCGCGAGUCCCACACGUCGUUCCUCUGUCCGUUCAGCGACGGACGAGGAAGGAGUGGGUUACGUCGACGCGCUCACCGCAACCCGUCAGGGUCGCACACCGUUUGGGCCUGCACAAGCAACGGCCACAGACGAUGCUUUCGGUCUUUAUCGCCCAGACUUUGCGAACAUGUCGCCCAUGAAGGCUGCCAAACGUGCUACCCUGAUGGGCGAUGGCGCGCCAAGCAGCGACGGCAUCAUUGGUAGCAGUGAUACUGGAAAGUCGCUGCGACCCAGGGCUGCAAAGCAUGGCAGUCAGAAUCUGAGCGAGAUCUCGAAGCACUCAUUGGGCGUAUCAAGUGCAGCGACUUCUGCGCUCAGUACCAAGGCCUUCAUGGCAAGCGAUUCCUGGCCAAGUGUCCCGCUCUCGAAUGCCGAGAUGCUUGCCUUGACCAAGCACAAUACGCGCCGAAACGAGAAGUACCUGACGAAGCUGGACAUUGUGCCAAUUCGAAUGGAAGGCCCCCGACCGCCAAGCCCUUCAGCCAAGAUCCGCAAGACUCCUGGCGCUGAUAAGCUGGACAAAGCAGAGGCUGAUGAAGCUAGAGAAAGGCGAGCGCGCAAGAGGACGAGCGAUGGGGCCGAUGACGGGCAAGCCAAGCAAGAUGCUUCGGCGGCGCUUGAAAAGCACGUACAAGGUGCAGGAGACGAGGAGAGUUUCCAUACCCCGACUCGACCACAAUUCAUCACGCAUGGACCGCAGAAGAAGGUCGUCAAGUGGCACAAGUCCUUGUUCGUUGGACCCAGCGAGGCUCCAGCUCAGAGAAUUGCGGAGGCCGAGCAGCGUCCAGCUGCUGGGACUCGGAGGGAAUGCAAAUCUCGCUCGUCUCUGUCGGCCAAGGUGAGUCCAGCUUCCCAUGUGCAGAAACAUCCUUGGAAUCGCGUUGCUGAACGCAUGGUCCUGCCCUUUGCCUUCGCGGGCGUCGCUUUCAGUCUUACACUCUCGACGACAACGGUAACGUGGCUGAAACUGAGGCCCCGAUCUCUCCUCGUCUGCGAAAGACGCGAGUCAAAAUCCUCAAGCUCAUCUUUGACGACGAUCUCUGA